AUGCCAUACCAAACGCAUGGACGAAUUAUAUUGGAAGAGUUUUGGUGUCUUCAAUCAGGGACAAUGGCACUUGGGAGACAGCUACCCGUGUUAAAAUAUUUGACUGUGUUUCCGGAGGAAGAGCAAGUUGAUGCAGGGCAAGCAUUUUUUAAGGAAUUAGAUGAUGCAAUUCCCGUCGACGACGUUGCAAUUAUUGACAACUUUAGGUCUCUUUCGCCAUUGACUAAUCACGAAUUGUAUGAAGAGACGCAUAAUCGCCAACAGAAGUAUUGA